AUGAGCGCCGAUAAGUUCAACGAAAUCCUCAAAAUGUUCCAGCAGCAGAUGGCCAUGCAAGACAUUCCCGACCGAGAAAAGGCCAAAAAGUGGGAGGAGUAUCUGUUCUGGAAGACCCAGCCCGUGCCCAAGUUCGACGAGGACAUUGACAGUGAGGGUCCUAUCGAGCACAAGAAGCUGGAGGACGUGAGACCUACUCCUUACAACUUGCCUGCAGAGUACGAGUGGUCCGAUGUCGAUAUUGAGAACCCCGAGCACAUUCAGGAGGUCUACGAUCUGCUGUACGACAACUACGUCGAAGAUGACGAUGCCACUUUCCGGUUCAAGUACUCUGCCUCCUUUUUGGACUGGGCUCUCAAGCCCCCUGGAUGGCAGAAGACCUGGUACCCUUGUGUUCGAGUGGCUGCCACCGGAAAGAUGGUUGCUUUCAUCAGUGCUAUCCCCACGUCCAUUCAGCUGCGAGACAACGAUCUGAUCAAGGCCGUGGAGAUCAACUUCCUGUGUGUGCACAAGAAGCUGCGAUCCAAGCGUCUGGCUCCCGUGCUCAUCAAGGAGAUCACCCGACGAGUCAACCAGAAGGACAUCUGGCAGGCUCUUUACACUGCCGGUGUUGUUCUUCCCUCUCCCGUAUCCACCUGCAGAUACUACCACCGACCUCUCAACUGGACCAAGCUGUACGAGAUUGGUUUCUCAGCUAUCCCCCCUAACCAGACGGCUGCUUCAAUGGUCGCCAGAUACACUCUGCCCAAGGAGGUGCCUCUCAAGGUGCGAGCCAUGACCAAGGCCGACGUCAAGGCUGUGCAUGCCAUUCUGCAAAACUACCUGAGCGCUGCCUCUGAGAUGAGCCAGCACUUUUCCGAGGAGGAAGUAGCCCACUGGUUUGUGGACCCCAUUUCCGAGGACAAGAAUGACGACAAGAUUGUCUACUCAUACGUGGUCGAGGAGGACGGAAAGGUGAUUGACUUCUUUUCCUUCUACAAGCUGGACCACACUGUUCUCAAGGAAUGGGCUACCGAGUCCAACCUGCGAGCUGCUUAUGGCUUCUACUAUGCCACCUCUUCUCUUUCUUCUGCCAAGGCCCGACAGGAUCGAGUCAAGGAGCUGAUUGGAUCUGCUGUGAUUCUAGCCAACAACCUGGGCUUCGAGGUUUACAACGAGCUGACUCUGCUGGACAACCCUAGCCAUCUGGACGAUCUCAAGUUUGGCUGCGGUGAUGGCUACCUCAACUACUAUCUGUUCAACUACCGAGCCCAGCCUGUCCAUGGCGGUCUCGACAAGCAGAAGCAGCUUGAGCAGCUCGACGGAAAGGGAGUUGGCGUUAUUAUGUUGUAG